AGUCCGUCUUACCGGCUUCUUGUCCCUUGCAGGCUUCCGUUCUUUCUUUUCGCUUUGGUAGCCUUGGAUCCUGGUGGACGCCAUGGUGAGUGCGGGGCUGGGGGGGCCGUUUUAAUCCGCUUCCAUCAGUCCCUAGAAUGAGGUUUUGGGCAACGGGGCUGGAUGGGACGGGACGAGGGAAAGCUGGAAGAUUUAGGCGGCACGAAGAACUCGGUUUGGGGUGGCUUUUAAGCGGGGGAAAAAUGGCUGUUUGUCUUGGAUGGUUUUGUUGGGAUUGCAGGGGGUUGGACUAGAUGACCCUUGGGAUGCCUUUCCAAUUUGUGAUCCUACGAAAUGGGAAGCGACGUCGGGGGCGAUAUUGCGAUACGGAGGUCCGGUUUGAGUAGGCGCGCCGAGUCAGGCUUAAGGGAAGAAAGAGCCCCGAUGUGGGGAGGAAAAUAAUAGUUUACAGGGUAUCGGACUGCGCAGCUUGUUUUCUUGAUUGUCUGGGUGAAAUGUCAGUGGAUUUUUAUUUUAUUUUUGGAAGCUGGAGGGCUCCUGGUUGGGUACGUGAAGGCCUUUUCUCACGUUACAUCGUGGCACAUCUGGGUUUGCUGUGACAAGCAUCCUUGUUAAUGGUUCCCCAAUAAACUUAACCCGCCUUUGCACGUGCACGUGAUCCUUCUGAUGUCUGCAGCAUCAAUUCAAAGCGUGUGUGUUCCAAAACUGAGUGGUGGAACAGAGGUGCCGCUUGCAGGUGGUCUCAGGUUCAGUUACCCAACCUUUCCAGCUUUUCCAGGUCUCUGGGGGCUACCUGGUGUCUGUAUAGACCCCUAACAAAAGAGAUUCCAUCACUUUCCAAGGAUGUUACAAAGUUCUGCCACAUCUGGGGGCUGAUUUUCAGUCUGGCUGAGAUGUAAGAGCAGGAUAUGUUGUGUUAUAGGUAGCCUAUAUCCAUGUUCUGCAGUUAUUAUUAUUUUUAAUGUUAAUGCCUUUCUGUUUUUUGCACAUCUCUUAUUCAAACUUUGUUCCUCACUGAGUGUUACUAAUGCAUGUUAAGAGAAUAUUGUUCCAAAUCUUAUCUGGUGUAUCUAAGUGGGUGCUGUGCCAGUUAUCCUAAGCUAGGCCUUCUAAUGCAGAUGUAGGCACUGUGAUGCCCUGAAGAUAUUCUGGGGCAACUCCUGUAAUGCCAGGUCAUUGGGCAUGUUUGCUAGGGUUGGUGGUAGUGAAACAUCUGGAGGGCACCACAAUGUGUAACUGGGAGCACAGAAUGCUUCCUUUGGAAAUGCAUGUAUUUCCCCACUCCAUAUACAGGGGUGACCACAGAAUUCAUGUCCUGUAUGCCUGAGACAGCAGAAAGAGCUGCCUUGAAAGCCCCUCACUGAUUUGGAUGCCAGGGAUCAGUAAUACUAAUGUGUCGUUUGGCCCCAUGUGCAGUAUACUUUUAAAGCCACUUUAAACAGUCAUGCCUUUCCCCAAAGAACCCUGGAAGCUGUAGUAUGUUAAGUGUUCUUAGCGCUGUUAGGCCUUUUUCCUCUUGGAGCUACAAUUCCCAAAGUGGUUUAACAGUCAGACCCUCUUGCCCUGGGGAGCAGUGAGAGUUUUAGCUCUGUGAUGGGAAUAGGCAUUUUCUUACAACUCCAUGGAAAUAGCACCACUGAUCUCAGAUCAUUCCCAACAACUUGAGGUUUUUUUUAAAAAAAAACUUGAAAGGGCUUUUAAUUUUUUUUUUAUUGUGGUAAGCAGGUUAACUUUGGUCCUCAAGAAGAUUUUAUACAGUGGUAUUUCAAGGACAGAACAGAGAGCGGCCUUAAUUGGGUUUUAUCCAGCUGCAUUCUACUUACAGUAAACCAUUGAAAUGAAUGGACCUUAGUUAAUCACAUCCUGCUCUGAGUAGAACUGGGUACAACCCAGUGAACUCCUUUGUCUUGCUCUGAUUCCAUGUUCAAUCUUGUUCCUAGGCCAAAAUCAAAGCCCGUGACCUACGAGGGAAGAAAAAGGAAGAGCUGCUGAAGCAGCUAGAUGACCUCAAGGUGGAACUCUCUCAGCUGCGGGUCGCCAAGGUGACCGGUGGAGCAGCCUCCAAACUUUCAAAGAUGUGAGUUCACCACCACAGCUGUGCUACAAGCCCUGACAUUUUGGGGACCUGAGUGCCUGAUAUUUGUAGGCAGAGCCUUUCACUGUUGGAAGCUUUGUCGUUUUCACGCAGAGAUUAAAUUUGCUGCCUCCCCCCAACCCAAACUGCCAAGCUUUUAAUGUUUCUAUGCAUAACUGGCAGCCUCUCAGAGCAGCAGGGAGAGUGUCUGUUUCAGACUGGUACAAAUUGAUGGGUCACAUCCAUACAAUACAUAUAAAGCACUCUUACACUGCUCCAAAGAAUCCUGGGAACUGCAGUUCAUUAAGGCUCUUCCAACAACUCUCAGAAUCCAUAACAGACUACUGUUCCCAGGAUUAUUUGGGGAAAGGGAAGCGACCAUUAAAGUGGCAUUAUAUGCAUGAUGUAUCUGCAUCCAUGGAGACAGACCUCUGCUUAGUGAGUAGCUCUGACUGCUAAAUUUAGCUUCUGUAUUCAGGGGCAGUACACCUUUGAUUACCAGACAUUGAGGGCAAACACUCAUCUUUGAUUUCUCCCUAUGGAGUUGGGUUGGUCACUGCUGAAUAAAGGAGACUGCUAAAUGGACCAUUGGAUUCACUCAUUUCUUAAGCUGAAUAGGGUGGGUUGGGCCACCCAAGUAACUGACACCACAGCUCAUUAGUACAGCACUACUUUGUUCACUUGAAGCCAUUUUACCCACUUACAUUUUUAGCUGACAAGGCUAACACGGGGUUAUAGAAGUUUCUGCCCUAGGCUUACAGUCUAAAAGACACAACACAAAAGAAAAAUGGAUGAGUUUGGAAAGAGGAAAAAUAAGCAGACACACUCUUCCGACUGUGUGUUAUCCUUCAGCAGUAAUGAAUUUUAAGUGUCCAGUAUGUUGGAAAAACUAAUGAAUUCAAGUGCCGGCUUUUGGCUGCGCUUUGCACUGAACCGUAAGUCUCUCUUUCUGCCCCUUGCAGCCGGGUGGUUCGCAAAUCCAUUGCCAGAGUGCUGACAGUCAUUAACCAGACUCAGAAGGAAAACCUCAGGAAGUUCUACAAAGUGAGUCUGGAGUUUCACUUAAAGUUUAUUUUUCUGUGGCCCACCCUUUUUCUUGCAGUUGCUUUUGGUGGAUCAAGGGGGGGGGAGGACUCCCAGUGAAAGUGUUGGCAGCAUGUUCAUAAUAGGUUGCAUCAAAUGUUGGUCAUACUCAAAAGAGCAAACCCAUUGAAAUGAGUGCACAUGUCUUAUGUUAGGCCCAUUAAUUCCAGUGGUUCUGUUAUGAGAUGACCUUGGUUGGAUGCAACCUAUUAACUCUGGGAGGAGCCUUAAGUGGAUUAAAUAUUAAGGCAAGUUGGAUAAUCUCAAUAUGGGGGGGGGGGCGUCUUGCCAAAGUGCCAGAAAUUGCAAGGCUAACACCCAGCACUGCUCGAAACUCUAUGGAUGCAGUGUGAAUCUGUACUUGCUAAAGCAGCCUCCUGCUGGAUAACUUUGGCUGGGCCAUGUGGUCUAAGCAGUUGUCUAGUAGGUACACAAUGCUCUGAGGGUGUUGUACUUCUGAGCAAUGGUCUGGGCCUCUGGGUAACCUUUCUAUGGGCUGAUGGCCAGUGAUGUAGCUCUUCUGGAAAUCUUUAAUCAAAACACAUUUUGGGUUGUGCGGAGAUACGAUUUUUGUAAGCAAAAUUUUAAAAACUAGACAAGAAGCGUCAUUAAUUUUACUGUGUAUGAGUAUCUGAAGAUUUUCAUGCCAUAGCUCUUCAGAUUUUGCAUGCAGAGCAUCUACUCUGCCUGCAUAAGGUCCCAGGUUCAAUCCCCUGCAUCUCCAGGUAUGACUGGCAAUGUUCGCAUUUGAAACCCUGGACAUCCACUCAGUGUAAACAGUGCUGAGCUAGAGGUAUCAUUGGACUGACUGAGUAUAAGGCAACUCUCUCUGUGCCAGUUUGAGUUGACCAGGCAUGAAGAACUUUUGGCCCUCCAGUUGCUGCUGAACUACAACUCCCAUCAUUCCCAAUGAGCACAGCCCGUGGUCAGGUAUGAUGAGGGUUGUAGUUAAGCAACAUCUGGAGGACCCAAGGUUCUCCAUCCCUGGAUUAGACAUGCACUGUUCUACAGCAACUGGUAUUGAGAGGCGUAGUACCUCUGAUCCUGGAGGGAGCAUGUAGCCAUUACAAUGGCUAGUCCUUUUGUAGUGUUUGUAUUUGCCACAGGCAGCCAGGCAAGUAGCCUUCACCAAGCCUUACUGACACAAAAGUAGUCACAUUUUUGUGUACCCAGAAUUUCAAACUGCAGCUGCCUCUGUUUUUGUUCAUGAGGUCUCCCAUAUCUCUUCUAAAAGUCCAUUCUGAGCCUAGAUUCUCUGUUCUGCAAACAGGGCAAGAAAUACAAGCCUCUAGACUUGCGGCCUAAGAAAACACGUGCCAUGCGGCGCAGGCUAAACAAACACGAAGAAGGUCUGAAGACCAAAAAGCAGCAGCGAAAAGAACGCCUGUACCCGCCUCGGAAAUACGCUGUGAAGGCAUGAGCCCUAACUCUGUAGCAUUCUGAUCCUCUGGCCACCAUUUUCCUAUUAAAAGUGUUUUGGCUGUAGUUGCAUCUC